AUGCAGCCUUCUCGAACCAAUAUUGCAGACUUCCUCUCCUUUGUACCUGAUGCUGAUACAGCAAAAGCGGUCUUGUUUCUCCAAGUACGCACUGAACUCCCCCCCCCCAAUGGGGAGGGAUCGAUCCUGAAAUCCCGUGACUUUGCAGCUAAUCGUGAGGCAAGGGUGCCGAAAGUUCAUACGCACAUCGAUGAGUAUCUCUGUGACUCAGCGGGCGCAGUCUGUCAAUGGCAGUUCACCCCGGAGGUUGCCUUGUCGCCUACUUACCCUCCUUCAUAUUUACUCGCCAUGAGAAGUCCACCCGCAUCCACCGCAAGUCAAACAAGCCCGAGGCACUCCCUUGCAACAAUGAGUAGUGAAUCUUCACAUCGUCCUCAUACAAAUGUGUUGAUUGAAGCUUCCAAGCUCCGCGCCCGAGAUGAGCAUGAGAUGCAAAAGAUGCUACAUAGUGCUCAGCUUUCAGGUCGGGUCUUCAAUCCUGAAGUUGAACCCGAACAUGACACAACUGAUCUUUGCGACUGUCCCGUCCAUACGUAUUGGAAACGCAAAAUUGAGCGACUCGAUACGCACGAGACCUGGUCCAAAGCCGUCAUGUAUCCUGGGGAGAAGUCAUAUCAUGAAUUCACCCACCUGCGAUUUUUCAACAAUAACCCUUAUUCCGAAGUCAUGUCAUCAUACGCACCUAAUGGGUCUGCAAUUUACGGAAUCCCCAGACCUGACCCACAAUUCCACGCUCGAUUCGUCGAGCAAACCAUCGCAUUAGAUACGAGCCUCAAUAUCAAAGCACAAGCGGCUGUCCAAGCAACAGAGCCGUCUUUCAAUAUCUGGGAGCUCGAACAGCUCGAGUCUCUGGUAUCGACAAUGUCUCCCACGCAUCACCUGUCCACGGACGGGGAUGGGCAUGCAGAGAAGUCGACAAGACGCUCGAGCUUCAGAAAAGUCUUGUCCGUCAAAAGCUCGGACGAACGAACAGCUGGCAAAAUUAAAAAAAAAUUGGCAGGGUCAUUCGAACUGCGCGCUGACAUUCUGAACGAAGAGAAUGGUCGAUGGCAGUACGACUCGGACAGAAAGAUCGUUGCAGCUUACCAAGAGAAGGUCGGCAUGGCUCGACAAGUCGCUGAAAUCCGAACACAUAAACCUCAGCAAUACAUACAUCUGCUCCGAGCGGGAUAUUUUGAGCCAAUUCCUGUCGCUUGGCAAGGCCAGGUUUCCAAUCCCCUCGGGUUCACCAUUGACUCUGCGGCGGGCUGGAGAGGGAUCACACCUGCAUGGCGAGGUUACACGAACAAUGCCGAAGAACGACUCUACUGGGUUUUGAAUCACAGGGAAGGAGGCGGGGGUGUGGUCAAACCAAACUUGUUUCGAGAGUUCGAGAUUGCAACCGCGCGAAUGGCUUCGGCGGAGGAAAUCAAUCCUCGAUAUCAUACAAACGACGAUAUCUGUCAUGAGAGAAAUCCUGUGAAUUACACGAAACAAGUCAGAGCCCCUUUCAUACUAGGGUAUACGCCCAAAUUGCCGACCGAUGAGACGAUGAUUUUGUUGGAUGCUUCAGGUUCGAUGGAUCGUGAUCCUCUGCGACCGGAAUUUGCUAAAUAUCUCGUCACGGGGUUCUCGAAAUCCAAACAACCGAGAAAUAAAGGUGAUACCCAUUCUUUGAAAUCAUUGUCAAUCUGCUGGCUGACCCUUGAUGGCAAUUCAGACAUCGCAAAGGCCAUCGUGUCUCGCUUUAUUGAAGCUUUAGGAACAUACGAAAACAACGGACAUGGCUACAAACUUACAACAUUCUCCACCGAUGCCGAGUACAUCGACGUGAUUCACAGUUGGACCUUAAAUGAGAUCUGGAGGGAGAUCAUAUUCAAAGGUCGGGCCCGAGUCAUGGCAGGAUGGCAGAAAAUCAAGGAGCUCCACUUUCAAAAACAUUCUGCGACAGCCACAUACCAUCCAGUUUAUGGCUGGCAAGCGGGUCCAGAAACGCCGACAGCCCGACUCCUUUUGAUCCUGGAUGGUGAAGCCAAUGACAUGGACGAGUUUGAGCUCGAGCUUCUUGGCGUUUCAUGGGCUUACAUCACCAUUUUCUUGAUCGGUGUUGAUGGAAGUCUCCAUCACCAUCGACACGCGAGCAGAUUGCAGCGAAUGAGCGAACAUAAUCCCCGGAUAUCUUUCUUCGACGCGCAAGGAAACAUUCCUGAACGAAUGGUCACGCACGAAUUGCUGAAGCGGCACCUUGGUCGCGACCUCACUAUUUCCCAAUUCGAGGAAUUGGAGCAGACCGCGGCGGAAUUACCAUCUCCAUUGCGUCCACAGCACCAGAGAAAUCGCUCGAGUCAGACUACUCUGGAGCACUUGCCAGUUGAACUUCCCUCGCCAGAGGAAACAUCACUAUGGCAGAGAGAGCAGCUUUCGCCACAGAGACGUGGGCUCUUCGAACUACCUGCACAGCAGGCGCCAGUGGAAUUACCUACGAGUGAGGACUUAGUCACCCCGAUGCGGCCUUCUAGACAAAGGCCUCCUAUACCAAGACCUCCUAUGCCAUCGCGACAGCCGCCGGUGCCUCCACCAUUACAGUACGGGCCAUCUGACCCCCCGCCGCCUUAUUUGGAGACUGUAUGA